AUGGCCGCGGUGCUCCUCCCUGCUUGCCGCGUUUCUGUUGCGAGCUCGUCCCUGGCGCUGGGUUUCCUCCCUCCAUCGCGCGUCUUCUUCCUCAGGCUCGCGCCCUUCCUGUUGUCGCGCCUGGCUCGCCCCUGUGCCGCGCACCGCUUCACCAGCUCGCCCCUUCCCUUGCCAAGCAGGUCGCCGCGCCCAGCCGAGUUUACCCCUGCGUGCAACCGUGGGUUUCGCUGCGCAGCGUUCCUGCUCCCCGGCCUGUGUCAUGCUCGCCAGAUCGAGUCUCGCGUCGUCGAUCUGCGCAGUUCCUGUUCGGCUAUCGAUUCCGCCUACGUCGAUCUCCUAAUUAUCAUGGAUAGUGUAUCGACGUCCCAUCACAACAGUUCGUCGUAA